UUACUGUAUCAUACUCAUUCCAAAUAUCUUCUUGGGGUCAUUCUCCACAACGUGAUGAGUUCAUGGAUUCAGUUUGCACAGAUUGUACAGGUUCUGAUUCACUAGUUGAAACAGAAUUAUUUGAAAUUCUAUCGGCCCUUGUAUCUUCAUUGUUCAUGACAAUUACGCCUCAAUAUAUCUGUGAGCAAAUACUAGAGCUUGCAAGAAAGGGUCUAACACCCUCACAACUUUGUGUAUACCUUCGGAACUUGUAUAAUAUUAAGCCAGUUAAAAAUAUUACAGUAAAUAAAAUUCUUCGAAUCUUAAAGUUUUAUGGUCAAGCACCUGAGAUUCCUGAAGAUCUUUAUCAUUUGAUCAAGAAAGCUGUUGCCGUUCGUAAGUAUUUGGAAUAUAAUCAUCAUAAUAAAGAUGCCCAAUUUCAGUUGAUGUUGAUUGAAUCAAGAAUACACC